AUGGGUUGGAGGUACCAAGCUGGGUUGGGGCUUAUUGGAGCUUUUGUGUUAGUAUGGGUCAGCUCUGCAGAAAUAACUCAGAGGAUUUUUACUGAGUAUAAACAACCUUUUGCACUCACUUACCUUGGAGUAUCUAUGAUGAUAGUCUAUCUACCCAUUUCAGUUUUCAAACAGUGGAUCUGUAGCUUACUGAAAACUUCAUGUAGAAACUUCCAUAAGGACUACACAUCAGUUAGCAUUUCCUCUGGACUUAGUGUGCCUUUUAGAAACGAUGAAAUUCACCAACAACUAGAAACCAAUCUAAAAAACAGUUUGAUUACUGACAAGGAAAUUAGUGAAAGAGAAGAAGGGAUGCCUCUGGUCAAGAAAGAGGAGGAUGAAACUCACUUGCUUGAACAAACUUAUGAUUAUAUUUCAUGGAAAAUUGCUAAGUGUGGCUUGUACCUCACUCCAAUAUGGUUUGCAUCAGAGUAUUUGUCAAACAUGGCGCUUGCAAAUACUAGUGUUGUGAGUACAACAGUUUUGAGUUCCACGUCAAGUCUCUUUACCCUUUUCUUUGGAGCUCUUCUUGGCAAAGACACAGUAAAUAUAAUCAAAGUAGUCGCUGUUUUAAUCAGCAUGGCUGGUGUUGCCAUGACAACUGUUGGGAAAACUUGGGCAGCAGAUGAGCAGAUCAGCACCUCUGAGACUCAAAAGCAUUUUAUCGCUGGGGACAUUUUUGGUCUACUCUCAGCAAUAUGUUAUGGCUUAUUCACAGUGCUUCUCAAGAAUUCUGCUGGAUCAGGUGAAAAGGUUGACAUGCAAAAGCUUUUUGGCUGUAUUGGUCUCUACAGUCUUCUUGGCUUUUGGUGGCUAGCAUGGCCGUUACAUGCUGUUGGAAUUGAACCUGUUUUCAAAUUUCCAAGUUCAAGAUCCACUGGGGAGAUUGUUAUUGCAAAUAGCAUUUGGUCAAGCGUGAUUUCAGAUUACUUGUGGGUCCUUUCUAUAGUUUGGACCUCACCUUUGGUUGCUACAUUGGGCAUGUCCAUGACAAUUCCUGUUGCCAUGAUAGCUGACAUGGUUAUACAUGGUCGCAAGUACUCUGCAAUCUACAUUCUUGGAUGCAUUCAGGUUUUUGCAGGAUUUACUCUAGCAAGCCUUUCGGAUAAGUUUUCUAGAAGUGAUGCAGAGUUAACUACGUCAUGUUCUGAGAAGUAG